AUGUCAAAAGGUUUGAAUGCGUGCGAAAGUAAAUCGUUUCUCUUUUUGAGGAAAGAGCUGCCUGUCAGGCUCGCGAAUAUAAUGAAAGAGAUAGCGCUGCUGCCAGAGAAUCUUUUGCGGAUGCCAUCAGUCGGUCUGGUCAACCAAUGGUACGAGAGGUCUUUCGAGGAAAUCAUUCAGUUUGAACAAAUGGAGCCAGAUCCACCAAUAUUAAGCUCAUUCUGUGAACGUCUAGUACACAUACGUAACCGUCACGCAGACGUUGUCCAGACGAUGGCUCAAGGUGUACUGGAACUGAAGGAGUCGCACGAAGUAGACCCAAGCACUGAGAACUCCAUCCAGUAUUUCUUGGACCGCUUCUAUAUGAGCCGCAUUUCCAUUAGGAUGCUAAUCAAUCAACAUACACUCCUCUUUGGCGAGCAAAUCGGCCCAAGGCAAGCGUCAGUGACAGGAAUCGGCAGCGGUGGCCGCCAUAUUGGGUCGAUUGACCCCGCCUGUGACGUCGCUGCCGUCGUAAGAGACGCGUAUGAAAACGCAAGGUUCCUGUGCGAUAGAUACUAUUUGGCUUCUCCAGAAUUACAGCUGUUACAGGACGGAGUGCCUUCCCAAGGUCCCAUGCCGAUAGUGUAUGUACCGUCCCAUCUUUACCACAUGCUUUUCGAGCUGUUCAAGAACUCCAUGCGAGCUGUUAUGGAGACACACGAAAGCUGCCCCCCACCCAUCACCGUCAACCUGGUUCGAGGUCAAGAAGACGUCUCUGUAAAGCUAUCGGACCGCGGCGGUGGUAUCCCGCGCAGUGUGUCGGACCUGCUCUUCAAGUACAUGUACAGCACGGCGCCGCAGCCAUCCAAGUCUGACGCACACACCGUCCCUCUUGCUGGAUAUGGGUACGGUUUACCAAUCUCCAGGCUGUACGCUCGUUACUUCCACGGCGACCUGAUGCUGAUGUCAUGCGAGGGCUACGGUACGGACGCCGUCAUCUAUUUGAAGGCUCUAUCAAACGAAGCGAACGAACUACUCCCAGUGUUCAAUCGAACGUCAACGAAGUUCUACAGGCCGGUCACACAACUCGCCGACUGGUCCGGAUCGCUAAACACAAGCAAUUCGCAAUGCAAGAACCGAGACAAGGUCUCGCCCCUCUCCUCCCCAGUCUCCCAUAGCCUAUAGUCAACAAAGAAGGAGUGGCAUCACUCCUUUAGACGGGUAUUAUCUACCUGUCUACGAAAUUUACGGAAGUUUUUUUCUCCGUAAAAAAACAACACCCUGUAAAUAAUAUCGAUGAAGUAAUGUAGUAUUUAGGUGAUAACAGUGCUUUUAUCAAAUUCGAAAUUUAUUGAAGGAAGAUUGUUG